CGAGGACGGAUAAAUAAAUAAGAUAUUGCUAGGCCACCAAAAGCAUGUCACUAUUAUACUUUAAAGUCCAGAACUGCUUCGAAUCAUCCUGCUGAACAGCGGGUGAUUGCAACACCGAACCGCUGCCUACUAUCUCCUUAACCCUCGUCUCAGAGGCCACAAUACCGUUCAACCUUACCUGGGAUGUCAUCUUGGAUGUUAUAGAUUGGAAUUCAAUGGCCGUCAUGGUGGCGCAUGAAGGGCCUAAGAUUGCACCUGAGCCUCCUUUGCAUCCGUUCUUCAGCAGACCGCGCUCUGAAAUAUUAGGUGAAACAAUCGCCAAUCCCAAUGAGCCUCCAAUCAAUGUUCGAAAGCUACCACAUGCAACACAAACAAAUGAUAACUCUCGGCUCACAACUCUCGACCCAGACCCGAAUGCAUCUCGGAGUAAGCGGCGCAAAACGGAGGAUUUGGAGGAACAGAGUGUACAAUUGGCGUCAGGACCUCUAGGGGUUGACAGUACCAAAAGCUCAGAGGAGCAAACCAAAAAUCCAACGUGCUGCUCAAAAUUGCCGGUCCCUGCCAACCUGCAAGCGUCUUCUUCCCAAUUUAUCGCUUCAGUACCUGCGUCUACCACAUCAAUGAUGUCUUCAGCUUCAGAGAAAAAGUGUGAUGAAGGCUCGAUCGAGGGGCCUGAAAAUGUCACGUCUGAGACGUUCAAGUCGUUGCCAGCGGUCUCUCAAGGUGAUUUUGAUUCGCCACAACUCUUGGCGUUAGCAGCAUCGCACUCACCUCAUGUUGUGGAGACUGCAAGCGGGGCAACAAUGAACUCGCCUGGUCAACCUCAAACUUCCCAGCCUCUUGAGAUCUCGUGUCAUAAGGAUGUGCCAGCUACCAAUUCACCGCCUCGAAAGAUGCUGAAGCUCAAUUCGCGGGGGACUUUCAGUUCCCCUGUUUCAGGAUCCACUUCAGCAAAUGUUGUCGCAAAUCAAAAGGCUCGGACCAAAAAGGGGACACGUAAGGCACAAAAUAGUCAUUUUCUCGUGAUCAUCAAAUACGGAUCCGAUAGAGAUUCGCGCACGGCAACUGGCAAAAAAAUUGAAUAUAUAUUAUGUGGCUCUUCAGUUUCGCCGCCGCCGCCGCCGCCGCCGUCAUUGCCACUGACAUUGACUUCCGAAUCCUUGCAGAUAGUGACUAAACAGCUCGAAUCGGCGAAGCCAACGCACCCUUUCUUCUUGCAAAGUGGACGGCAAAGAACACGCGCCGAGGAAAAGCCGUCCCAAACGAUAUCACAAGAAGGUACCAAAACUUCGUUACAAACGUUGAGCCCGACAAAUAUCAAGGCUCACAGACCAGAGUCGGAAGGGAUCCUGCCGCCACUUUCCUCAAAGAAACCCGCAUCUGUAACAUAUGUAUCUGGGAGCGGGUCAUUUAGAGCUGCGAAGAAUCGAGGUCUUUUAGAGGCUGCAUGGCCAUGGAAAGAUGUUGUACAUGUACGAGGCUUGGAUGAGCAACGUCCAUUCUCUCAUGCUUCUGUCGUCGCCACCGAUAUGCCUUUGCGAAGCGAAAGGAAACUGAAGCAGUCCGCUGUACAGGUAACAGAAAGUGAGGACUUGCUAUCAAAUCUCUCUCGCGAUCUCGAUAUCAAUUCCGCAGAGAGGUCCUUGCAAGAAACUCAUGACAAUCUCGAUGACAAUUUAGCCAUACUUCGUUUGCCGAGGCGCGAAAUCAUGACGGGAUUGGAACUGCAAAGAGCCGUUGAUCAACAGCUCGAAACAAAAUUCCUUCUGUCACAAACCGAGGCAUCUGCCUCAACCGACACAGAAGAUGCACUCCAUGCAGCCCAAGCGCAGCCCAGGCCUGCGCAUCCCGCACUUCGCUUCAUUUACCAGAAUAUUCCUACCUAUCUUGGACCAUUCGACAAAGCCGCAUGCGAGACACAUUCGUGGGUUCAAAAGUAUGCGCCGGGAUCUGCGGAGCAUGUUUUACAGUCUGGGAAGGAGGCGCUUGUUCUUCGAGAGUGGCUUCUCGGAAUGACCGUCCAGUCGACCGUCACUCCGUCCAGGCUUCCUAAUGAAAUGAGCUCUUCCAAUUCAAAACGCUCUUCAAAUGGGAUAUCCAAGCAACAGAGGUCAAAGAAGAAGCGGAAGAGGGAUGACGAGCUCCAAGAUUUCAUUGUGUCUACCGACGAGGAGGGGGACCAAAUGGACGAACUCACUGAUCCUGAGGAUGAUUUUCAUUGGCAGCGGCCCUCCAAGUCAGUCAUCAGAACAUUUGAGAGAAGCGUUGGCAGUCGUGCCGCGGGGGAGCCAGUGAAAGUGAGAAAUGCAGUUAUUAUCAGUGGGCCCCAUGGAUGUGGCAAGACUGCGGCUGUAUAUGCCGUUGCUAAAGAACUUGAUUUUGAGGUUUUCGAGAUCAAUUCUGGAAGCCGUCGAAGUGGUAAAGACAUCCUUGACAAGGUAGGAGAAAUGACAAAAAACCACCUUGUAAAUCAUCCACGGGAAGCAUCAAAGAGCGGUCCGACAGCAGUCAUGUCCGAAGGCACUGAAGAAAGCACGACAAUCCAUCAAGGAAGGAUGACGUCCUUCUUUGCACCUAAAGGUCGAGAAUCUACUCAAGCAAAAGACAAGGCGCCCAAGGCAAAAGGAAAUCCGGAGAGGCACCCAGAGCCACAACAAUCUCAACGUUCGCAAAAGCAAUCCUUAAUUUUGCUGGAAGAAGUCGACGUGCUCUUCGAAGAGGACAAGCAGUUCUGGCUCACAGUACUCACUCUAAUUUCUCAAUCAAAGCGACCUGUCAUUCUGACCUGCAAUGACGAAUCUGUUCUUCCAAUUGACGCCUUAUCCCCCCAUGCUAUUCUUCGUUUUAAGCCGCCGCCGGAACACCUUGCGCUCGAUUAUUUGUUGCUACUUGCGGCCCGUGAGGGCCAUCUUCUUCAGCGUAAUGCAGUCCAUGCACUCUACCGUGCGCGGAAUUCUGAUUUCAGAGCGGCCAUCGCGGAACUCGAUUUCUGGUGUCAAAUGGCAGUGGGUGACCGAAAGGGCGGGCUGGAAUGGAUACCAGAUCUGAAACCCAGCCACGUUCGAUCGAGUUACAGUCUCUCACCUUCACGAGUUGUUAGCACGAACACUUAUCUCUCAGGGAUGGGUUGGACAGGGCGGGAUUACGUCCAUGAGAAUGGCGAAGAUUCUGUCAUGAGUAAGCAAGAGCUUAUGAAAGAGGCAUGGGACAACUGGCAGGCGGACCUUUUGGAGUGGAAACAAGCUGUCGGCUGUCAGCACAAUGACCAGAACGCGGCUCCAUCCAAAGAUAAUGCUUCUUCCGCAGUCGAGAAUCUAGCCUCAUUGAAAUUUCUGGAGGAUUAUGCAGAGUAUUUGAGCGCCGAUGAUGCCUUCACUGGAAUUGGCUUUGGAACAGGUCAUGAGUCCUCGGUCGAUGCAACUCUGCCGUCUCUCACAGAUAAAGUGCGAUCGAACUACAUUGAAGGAUCGAGCUUACUUCAAGCUGGGCCCAUCACGGAUUUUGCUAAUUUUCUACCUCAAAUUCGGUAUUACGUCGCGGCAACUGCGGAAGAGGUUUUCCUUGCACAGUUACAGAAGAAUGGUUUUGAAACUCGAUAUUUCACUGCUGUUGAUGAGUCUUCCACCAUAUAUCUAGUAUCGCAUUUGCGUGAGAUAAAGGAUCAACAAAAGCUUGUCCAUCGAUCGGAUCUUUCAAAGGCAUUUGAUCCGAUAUCAGAGCCCCCAAAUGCGAAUCAGUCUACUGCACAGUCUUAUGCCCUUCAAGCGUGCUGCUUUGAUGGGACUUUUCGACUAAUUAUUGAAGAGAUCGCGCCGUUCGUUCGGGCCAUAGUCUCAUUUGACUUGCGCUUAGAAGAGCAGAGGCUCCGUCUCAGCAGCUUGCUUUCUCAAGGUGGGACGGACAGAAAAAGACUUCGCACCACAAGGUCUAGUCGAUCAGCUCUCGAAGGAGGAGUUCGCUCCCUUACACGUCGCGACAGAUGGUUUACUCAGGAGCUUAAUCCUAAUCUUGUGCUAAAGACUGGCAGCUCAAUCUGGCGUGAUGCAUGCGCACUCGCUUAUAGGACUUUUGACCCAAGCUUAGAGGGCGACAACAGUGAUAUAGGCAGAUCAUCCAGACGUGAUUCUGACAGCACAGUGACAGAAUGCAGUGCGUGAUUGUCCCAGACACAUGGACAAAUUGCGGCACGAUCCUAAGUGCAUGAACAAGAUGCGCUGCUGAAUUUUUUCGAUCUAUAAAAUGCUUCAUUCAUAGGAAUCUGGUGGAAAUUGGACGAGUUUGAAUGGAUAUUACUUGAGCUCAUGGAUACCUGUAUUGAUUUAUUUCCUCCGAGCUUUGGUCAGCCACAUGCAGCGUAUCAGCCAUAUUUUAGUUGUAGCUUUGGGCAUAUUUAUCUAGAAAUGGAAACAGG